AUGUGCUGGCCAGGUGGAGGCACCAGACACCAAGUUCGUUGUCACAAAAACAUGCACAAUCGGAACGAGCUCUCUGUCUAUUACGAUGUAAACGGGACCGACUCACAGAGGAGAGACCCCCGCUGGAGAAAAUGGAACACUUUCUACGACUUUAUGGAAAGAAAGCCGUAUCAGUACAUGCACAUUUGUUACUGGAAGAUGGGCCAACUGGAACACGCUGUGAAAGCCGCCUACACAUUUCUGGUACAGAAUCCUGCCCACAAGGACACUCUAGAUGGACUAGAGUUCUACAUGCAGCGACCAGGUUACAACGACAACAUGCUUGUUGACCUACUUCGACGACCGUAUGAGAAGUACUUCAUUUCUGGUGUGGAAGCAUACAACAGUGAAGACUGGAAUCAGUGCGUCAACGACCUCGAGAUAUCGCUUGAGAAAACCAUGGAGGAAGACUCAAGAUGUCGACUCCUUUGCGAAGACAAAAUCGAUUGGAGUGCGAUCGUGGGAAAUCCCGAGCUAGACGUACUCAUGACAAGCAUGCAAGCGUCUGUUCUUCGAUGUCAGCACAAUUGCCUUUAUCGGUUGGCUCUGAUCAAUGGCUACAAUGUAGGAGAAUUGCCAGCAGCACAUUACGAAUACUUACACUACUGCUACUUCAAGUUGAUGAGAGGGACCGAAGCAGCUCGAUCUGUAGCCAGUUACCUACUGUUCGACGAUAAUCCUUUGAUGCGACGAAAUAAGUACUACUAUCUCAAGCAGUAUGAAAAACCAGAGCUUUUCGUGCCUGAUAAGAAAACAAUCGAGAUCUAUAAGCAACGCACACUGGAAGCUCGUUACCUGAAGUUCAUCGACGACAAAUUCAAAUACGUCAACAACGAGUUCCCAGCUGAGAGUCGAGAAGAUCGAGUGAAGUUCGACAUGGAGGUUUCCGUUGACGACAGUUUCAACUAUGGCGCUGUCAAUCAACUGUUGAGCGCUAGGGAGUGCAAAACCAUCCGUUCUGCUUUCCCAGUGGCCCAUUCGGAACAACUAAUCUCAGAGCUGGAAGCGAGAGUGAAGCAGCUCUGGCCAACUGCCAAGUAUGAGUCGCGUUCAUGUAACAGUACAUCACGGCAAGCCAAGUGUCCUCGACCUAUUGUGCUAUCCGCUGACGCCACUGACUGCUCAGAAUGGCUUGGCGCUGUGCAUUCCGGUUGUGCCGUUGUGUUUUGUGCCUGA